UGCCGUGAAUUGCUGAGCAACCUCAGUGCCUAAGAAUUUUAUAGUGCGUAUUUUUACAUUAAACCCUUAUGCAACAACAAUGACAGAGGUUAAAGUUAAAAAAGAGUCAACAGAUCCGGUGGACAUUGAAAACAGGAUAAAGGAACUCUGUCAACAGUUCCCACAUGGCAUCACUGACCAAGUCAUUCAGAAUGAUAUGCCUCACGUGGAGGCUCAACAGAGGGCCAUGGCCAUUAACAGACUGCUGUCUGUGGGUCAGCUGGACCUCCUGAGAAACAGCACGGGUCUUUUGUAUCGAUUGAAAGAUGCACAGAAAGCCAGUAAAAUGAAAGGCUCAGACAAUCAAGAGAAGCUUGUUUACCAGAUCAUUGAAGAUGCUGGAAAUAAAGGGAUCUGGAGUAGAGACAUCAGAUUCAAGAGUAACCUGCCGCUGACAGAGAUCAACAAAAUUCUGAAGAAUCUAGAGAGCAAAAAGCUUAUUAAAGCAGUAAAGUCUGUAGCAGCAUCAAAAAAGAAAGUCUACAUGCUCUAUAACCUCCAGCCUGACCGCUCUGUGACUGGAGGAGCCUGGUACAGUGACCAGGACUUUGAGUCUGAGUUUGUGGAGGUCCUCAACCAGCAAUGUUUCAAAUUCUUACAGAGCAAGGCAGAAGCAGCAAGGGACAGUAAACAGAGUCCUAUGGUACAGAGAAACAGUUCUUUUGCUACAUCACAUGAAGUGUGGAAAUAUAUCUGUGAGCUUGGCAUUAGCAAGGUGGAUCUCUCCAUGGAGGAUAUUGAGACCAUCCUAAAUACAUUAAUCUAUGAUGGCAAGGUGGAGAUGACCAUCAUUGCUGCCAAGGAGGGCACUGUAGGAAGUGUGGAUGGGCAGAUGAAGUUGUACAGAGGUGUCAACCCCAUCAUUCAGCCCACAGGCCUGGUAAAAACACCCUGUGGACUGUGCCCGGUUUUUGAUGAUUGUCAUGAAGGGGGAGAGAUUUCACCAUCUAAUUGUGUGUACAUGUCAGAAUGGCUAGACUUUUGAAUGGAAAAACAAUGUUUUUUUUCUCUGUGGAGAAAGCGUCUUCUAUUUUUGCAGCCGUCGAUGCAACUGUAGAU